CGUUGACCCUUAGCAAACACUGUGACACGGGCUCCAUUGAAAGAACUGAAGCACGUCGACCUACCCGGCCGGGGAUACGAGUGAACACAAUCAAUAUUCAAAGCAGCGAGCAAGGUGCAAGUAAAUGCGAGUACAAUAUGCAUCCCAACCGAACGAUCUUUACCCUCUGGCACUAGCACUGUGCACUACGAGGGUUUCCCCAAACAUGUACCGUUGCACACCGACCCGUGCGAUGAGGAUGAGUGCUUUUUAUUUUCGCGGAGCAACCUGUCACUAGCCUGCCAUGGAACUAUAAAAAAAAAGAGCUCCACGAUCCUAGUACUAUAAGAGUGUUGUGCUGUACAACGAUACAAUGUAUGCAGUCAGUUAUACAUGAUUGGAUGAGAGCGAAGCAGUGAUGGCAGGUACAGACUGGUCCCUUCAGGCACUCGGUAUCUCCCCUUACCGAGGCAACGCAUACGACCUCCGCGUCGAUCUCAACUAUCGAAACCUCCAACAACUCCCAACAGACCUCUUCAGUCUGGGAGAGCUCCAAUGGCUGAACCUGAACGUCAACAAGCUGAAGGAUCUCCCGGCCGAGAUGGCCAUGCUGGGUCGGCUAAAGUGGCUGUAUCUCGAGAACAACUCCUUUCAGAAGUGUCCAGAGGUUGUCUGCAAGUUGACCGAGUUGGUCAGGCUCUACUUCAGCUGCAACUCGUUGACAGAGCUUCCUAGAGCCAUCGUGAACUUGACCCAUCUGAGAUGGAUCGAUCUCUCGGAUAACCGCUUUGCAGAGUUCCCCACAGUGUUGUGCAGCGGAUCCUUGGCUUGUCUGGAGAAGCUCUUCCUGGACAAUAAUCAGAUCACCAGCCUGCCGAACCAGAUCGCCUCCAUGAAGAGCUUGAAGCUUCUCUGGAUUAAUGACAAUCGUCUGGAAUGGCUGCCUCCUGCGCUGUGCGAGCUAACAUGUCUUGAAGACCUGCAGUUGAAGAACAAUCCUCUGCGCUGUCUCCCGGUCUUCCUGGCUAGCAAACUCUCUAACCUUAAGAUAUUUGAGUGGCAAGAAUGUCCACUGAUCCAGCAACUCACAGAAGCAUGCCAGAAGGGUAUCCAAGGACUUGGUGAGCAUCAAGACCAAAUUAUCAAGAAAGCCGAGAAAAGGAGAAUGGUGCAUUUCAGGACAGAGGCAGGCCUUGACGGAGGCCGCGAGAGGCCGUGUUACCUCAUGAGGACUAGACCUAGAGGUGUGGCUGUCAUUAUUGAUAAUUUUUGCACCUUGGAAGCUGAGGAGAGUUUGAAUGGAAGAGCAUCGAGUCAGUCAUCAAGUGAUGGACGAGAGGACGCUAAAGAACAAGACAACACUGACAGAUUACGAAGUGUUCUCAUCAAGUUGGGAUUCAACGUCCGCAUCAUGAGGGGUCUGAUGUCCCUGGACAUCAUCUCAGCUCUCCGCUUCUUGAGCCUCGAGGAUCACUCCUAUUUCGACUGCGUCAUCGUCUGCAUCCUCUCUCGCGGAGCCAGGGGAGGGAAGAUCAUCGGCCCAGACGGCAUCGCUGUGGAGGUCCAACAACUGACUGACAUCUUCUCCCGGACCAACUGCCCGACCUUAGCCGACAAACCUAAGCUAUUCUUCCUCCAGAUUCUUGAGGGUAACGUCAAGGCUAAACUCUCUCCAAGAGUGCACGUCAGUAAGGACACCACCAUCCCCACAACCCCUACACUAAUCCCUAACGACUAUGACUUCUUGCUGACAUUUGCUCUUAUCCCUAAGGAAGCCACAAGUGAUUCCCUCCCAAGCGUCUACCAUUUCUACGUUGGUGUACUCUUUGAUAUGCUUGAGACGUUUGCCAGAAAGCUGAACCUCUUAGACUUGAUGACAACCGUCCACGGAGAGGUGAAGAAGAGGCGGCUGCGGAGCAAGAAUUCCCCCGAGGAGCGCGUCCAGAUCUCCCCUGAGAUACAGACGACGCUGAGGUACAAUCUGUACCUGAGCAUGGGAUCACCUUCCACGGGCCAGGGAACAUCUGGAGGGUCCAAGUCGGUGCCUUCAUCUCGCGCAUCAACCAUGCUGAGUUAAACAACGUUCACCAGAAGAACACAAUCUAAAGUAGUUCAUUAUAUUAACUCUGGUUUCGGGAAUACAUCGACAAGUGAAUAUGCGACUUAAUAAUGUCAUUUUCUAACUAGUUAGGCAUGGGGAUGUGGUACAAAACAUUACCCUCUAACUCCGCUUACCGAUUGUCUGUGGAUGACCAAAUUAAUGCCUUUAAUAGUUGCACCGAGAAGGAAACCCGAUUAUUAAGCUCGUUUCAGAAAAUAAUGUGGGCCUGUCCCGAUGUGACCUGUGCAAUACUAGACGUUUUAUUGUUAGCGAUCGAGUUACUCCUGGAAGUUCAUUAAUCUGCUUCUCCUGUAUGAAAGUGAGCUCUAAAAAACUGCCUGAAGAAAGAGUUUUGUUUCCUAUUAAAAAAAACAGGAUUUAUAAUGUAUUAUAGAGGACAUUAUCACGGAAUAAAAUGACGAUUCGUUUAAUAAUGAACAAUGAUGACAA